CAAUCUCAUCUCGCUCCUGAUGGCAUCAGCAGGGACCGCAAUCACUCUUGGGCCGACAAAGGGCGCCUUCGAGUCCUUGGAUUCGCAGGAGCACCUUCACCUUGCCUUGGCCCAGGUGUACGCCUCUGACUUUGACGACGAGGCCGCCGGAUCCGAGGCGACGGGCUUCGACAAGCUCAAGGCGUAUGCUACCAAGGCCGCAAAGGACGGAGCUGACGUCGUAGCAUUUCCCGAGUACUUUCUGACGGGCGCAAAGAUUGACACUUGGAAUGCAGUCAAGAGCAAGGGCGGACCAGCUCCAGCGGCACUCGAGGGCUAUCGCGCUAGUGGCAGUCGCAGCAACUCCAUCUCAGUGGCAGAGAGCGAAGGUCAAGAGGAGAAGCAUUGGAUUGAAGAGGUCUGUGAGCUAGCCAAGGAGCUCGAUAUCAACAUCAUCGCAGGAACCGUAGUCGAGCUGGGCCACCAUGUGCCCACACGACAAGAAGUAGGUGGGGAUGAAGAGGGCAACCUCCACAAUACGGCCUACUUCAUUGGUAGGGAGGGAGAGAUCAGAGGUAGAUACACAAAGAGGUGCCUCUGGCAUCCCGAGCGAGACCCUCUCACCCCGGGCCACUCCAACACGCAUCCAUCUCCACUUCUCUUCACUUUCACUACCAGACGCGGCAAGACUCUCAAGGCUGGCAUGCAAAUAUGCUGGGACUUGGCCUUCCCCGAGUCCUUCCGUAGUCUCUUGCAGGUCGAUUCAGAGACCGGAGAGACAGACGGCCCAGACAUCGUCUUUGUGCCUACCUGUUGGUUCGCUACCGAUGCAGGCGAGCCAGGACUGAGGUGGAACCCAUCUCCCGCGGGAGAAGCUGCCAUCCUUGACGCACUGACGAUGACGAGAGCGCUGGAGUGCGAGAGCAUCCUGUGCAUGAUUAACAUUGCCGGCCGUACCUGGUCUGCAGAAGAUGAUCGCAAGUCGGCAAAGGAGCUGGCGGAAGGAGCGCCAAUCGGUGUGGGAAGAACGACCAUUGUGAGCCCCUUUGUCGGCUCUGUCGGCAGGCUGGACGGGGCCGAGGAGGGAAUGCUGUACGCGAGUAUGAAUCUGAAGAUGUGAGUAGAGAAGCAAGCGAGCGAGCGCGUUCCUGAGGCUCAGCGUGUUCGAAAGCAAGGGCUCAUUCUCACUGCUCAGACCAUCCUUGCUCUUGUACCUUACUCUGUCACAGACUCAAAGACAUCCGCGACGUCUACAAGAUUCGGGUAGAUCUCCUCGCCAAUGCCCGCGGCUAAGACAAGGUCGAGGCCGCGUCGUUCGUCUGUAUCUCGCCC